AUGUUACCAUCUAUUACCUCAUGUACUGCCGUCUAUUGCACAGUAUUGCCAGGUAUUGCUAAUGUAUUGCUAGGUAUUGCUCGAGAUAUUGCUAGCAUUAUAGUAAACCAAGUACAAAUACAACGUAUGCUGUCUAUGAAAAAUAUGCAGGCUUCCCAAAAGGCCAUGUAGCUAUCUUGGCUUAUUACGACACUUGUCAUAAUUACUACUUGCUUCUCAGGAGGAUUGGCAAUAUAUGGUAAAUAUCACAAUUGCGAUCUAAUUCUUAAGAGAAGAAUUACUUCACCUGAUAUGCUUAUAUCACUGUACCUUAUGGAUACAAUGUCCACUAUUCCUGGCUUACCAGGCCUCUUCGUUGCAGGUAUUUUUAGCGCAGGCCUAAGCACGAUUUCUACAGCAUUAAAUUCUCUGGCGGCAAUAACGUUGGAAGAUUACCUGAAACUCUUAUAUAAAAAGUGCAUUGGGCAUAAUUUUUCAUCUACAAAGUCUAUUGUUAAAGUGUUUGCUUUUACAUUCAGUAUUAUUUCCAUUGUGUUGGCAUUUUUAGUGCAAUUUUGGGUGGAGUACUUUUCAGGUCAUUACUAUUUCUAAAAGAUCAAUGAGGAAAAAAAAAUUUUUUUCAUCUUAGGCUCUCUACUCUAUUGUUGGAGUAACUGGCGGUCCGUUGUUAGACAUUUUCAUGCUUGGCAUGGGCACGGAAUCGGCGACGGAAGGUGAUGCGAUAACCGGUGUUCUCACGGCGUUUUUAUUUUUAUCCUGGAUCGCCUUUGGUCAGUUCCACCCGAUACCGCCGAAAUUGCCAACUACUAUUGAAGGCUAUAAUAAUAUUGUAAAUAUAACGAUAUCCGUUUUCUAUAACAUUACGAGCCCUUCCAAAUAAGUUAUUUUAAUAACAGCUACUCGAAAGAACGGCUUUGCUGAUGAAUAUAAAAAUUAAGACAGAUACAAAUCCAAAAAUAAUUGUUGAAUUGUCAAAAUAAUAAGACGCUCGAAUUAGAGUUGCUAGAAUGUCAAAUUUUUUUGUGAUGUUACGUUGAUGGAUAAUAAAACAGAGUGAUUUCUAUAGCAAUCGAAAAUAUAUUUAAUUAUCAAUAAUGAAUAAUUAAUAAAGAUAGUAUAUUUAGUUGGACUUUAAUAUUGUUCACAAAGAAUGGAAAUAAAUUUAGAGUAAA